CAGGUUUCAAACAUAGGAAUGGAAAAUUAAGAAGAUAAUUUUUUGUAAUGCUGUGUCUGUUUUCCAGAGGACUGCAUAAAUGGAUUUGGAAUCUUUUGGAAAAAAUAAAUCUGCCUGUGGAACUGCAUCCCCAGAAGAAAAGUCAAAUAAAGGUUCGAUUAUGCUUUCUCCCAAUAUCUCAAGGGAUCUGACUGAUUGCUUUGAGUUUGAAAAUAGAUCCUGUUCUGAGAACUUUAGGUCACCAGGAGUACGCGGAGUAAUGUAUCUGUUCUUAACAGCAGCCUUCAUUCUCACCAUCUUUGGGAAUCUGGCCAUAAUCAUUUCCAUCUCGUAUUUCAAGCAGCUUCAUUCUCCAACCAAUUUCCUCAUUCUCUCCAUGGCUGUCACAGACUUCCUGCUGGGCUUUGCCAUUAUGCCCUACAGCAUGGUGAGGUCUGUGGAGAACUGCUGGUAUUUUGGGAUGACAUUCUGCAAAGUUCACUACAGUUUCGACCUGAUGCUCUGCUUAGCUUCCAUUUUGCAUCUUUGUUCCAUUGCUGUGGAUCGGUUUUACGCCAUCUGCCACCCCCUGCAUUACAUCAGCACCAUGACCAUCACAGCCAUAAAACAAAUUGUAGCUGUGUGCUGGUCAGUGCCUGCUGCUUUUGCUUUUGGUGUGGUUUUCUCAGAAGCUUAUGCUUCUGGAAUUGAGGGCUAUGAAAUGUUAGUUAAAUGCUCAAGCUCAUGCCCUAUUAUGUUCAACAAACUGUGGGGGGCUAUUUUAUUUACAGUCGGUUUAUUUGCUCCUGCUUGCAUUAUGAUAGGGAUUUAUAUUAAAAUUUUUAUAGUCUCCCAAAGGCACAUAUGUGAUUUGAGCCAGGCACACAGGCACACAAAAACUGAUAAGAAAAAUGAGCUUUCUAAAAGUAAAGAUAGGAAAGCUGCCAAGACUUUGAGUAUAGUUAUGCUGGGUUUCUUAAUAUGCUGGUUUCCUUGUUUUUUUGCACUCUUAAUUGAUCCAUUUUUAAAUUUUUCUACUCCUUUACCUUUAUUUGAUACUCUAAACUGGCUUGGGUAUUUAAAUUCUUUUUGCAAUCCAUUAAUAUAUGGCUUUUUCUAUCCAUGGUUUCGGAAAACAUUCAAAUAUAUCUUGAAAGGCAAAAUAUUUAACCCACAUUUUCGUACAACAAAACUUUUUUCAGAAGAUCAGUCACAGUAAUAAAUUGUGCUACUGACAACAGCUCUAGAAAUUAAGAAUAAACAAAACAUUACUGGAUAUGGUCUAGUAAACAGUCUGAAAUGCACAACACUAAUUUUAUGAGUCAGUCCUGUAGAAUUAUCUCAUCAAAUAUUACUUUAAUAAAAUCAGGUUAAUUUUAUACAAAAUUGAUUUACCACUUCUGCUCAUUCUCAAUGAGUGAAACACUAUCUUGUGAUAAUGUUACAGGAGUUUAAGUCUCUCUUGAAUCUCUUAAUGCAUUGUGGUUUGUUUUUUUUUUCUAUUUCAGUCCAUAAACUCAGUAUUUCACCUAAUCUUGCGUGCAUGCAGCUGAUCUUUCUUGAGAUUCAUCAUCAAUAAUCUCCUAAACUGAAUAUACCCCAGGUUGAUAUGAUGACAGUCUUUGUCACCCUUUUGUGUCUGGGGUAUUAGCAGAUGCAGAGUCUGCUGUUAUCCCCAAGCAGAUAGAAUUUGAGUGUAAUUUUGGCUAGAAGUUGAUCUUUUCCCCUAGAAACACCAAAAUCAGGUUUUCAGCCCUUAUUCUCUGUGUGUUUGGUACUGGAGGAGGAGCACUUGGGAUGAGAGCACUGCUCACACUCGGAGAUGUGCUUGUCUUUUCUUUGUUUAGAUAUCAGGCUCCAGAUGUUGUAAAACACACUUGCUGACAGCUCACCCCAUAUUCACCCCAACACACUUUAAUACUCUACUGGAGCCUCUAAUUGAGGUCCUUGCUGUGCUGAGCUCCCUCUGAAAUCAGUAAGAGUUACUGCCAGAGUUCACAUCACUUACAUGCUUAAAACAAGGUUGGCUGAGUUGUCAUUACUGAACACAGCUACUGCAGUGUUUUUAUUGUGAAUUGUACCUCUGAUUUUCUU